UUGUACGGCCCCCGGCUUUGGUGGAGGCGCUGUGCGCGACUCUUUUGCGCUUUUCAUGGUUAUGUUAAAUUAGGGAGCUGCUCUGUAUGGAAUCAUAACUCCGUCAAACUCGGCGUGAUAUAUUCCCGGAAAGGUGAAUACUAGGAUAAAACAACAGUACAAAAUGAGAAAUGGAGAAGAAAGGGCUGCAGUUUGUUGAGACUCAGUCGGCUUAGAAGAAUUCCCGGACCGAGGCUUUACUAUUUUGUUGCAGCGAAGCCAAAGACUGAGGUUUUAUGAAAUGCAGAUGGAGCAAGAUUGGUGAUCAGACGCAAUCAAGGCAGAGAACACAAGACCCCUAUCAUUUACACAAGCUUCUAGAAAAAACAGCUUUAAGUUCUACUGAAUGCAGGACUGUCCACAAAUUUGCAGAGACAAAAGAACAGCAAAGAAUACCUUAUUUUUUUUCCCAGUUGAAUGGAGAACUCUAGAAUGAGUAAGAACAUUAUUGGAUGCCUCCAGAAUCUAUCCUGUGAAUUCUGUCAACGGACUGAUGACUGUCCUGAAAAAUAUGGGGAAAAAAGGACCUAUGAGGACUAUAAUCUCACUGUUCAUUAUUACUGUGUGUUAAUGUCAAGUGGGAUUUGGCAGAGAGGUGAAGAUGAAGAAGGCUUUUAUGGUUUUUUACCUGAAGAUAUCCAAAAAGAAAUUAAUCGAGCUGCAAGACUGAAAUGUACUGUCUGUAAGAAAAAAGGUGCUUCAAUUGGUUGUAUAACAUCCAGAUGCAAACAAAGCUACCACUUUCCUUGUGGAAUAGAGAGAGGAUGCCUUUUCCAAUUCAGAGAAACUUUUCCGUCAUAUUGUUGGAAACAUAGACCCACUCAAAAACGUCUUGCUAAUUGUAAAGGAUCAUCACAAUGUACAAUAUGUUUGGAGUUGGUUGAACAAGCACCUGCAUACAACAUUUUGACAAGUCCAUGCUGUAAAAAUGCUUGGUUUCAUAGGGAAUGCUUGCAGUGUCAAGCUCUCAGUGCAGGGGUAUAUUUCUUUAGAUGUCCUGUAUGUAAUAAUAAAGAAAAAUUUCAGAACGAAAUGUUAAGAAUGGGCAUCCAUAUUCCAGAAAAAGAUGCCUCCUGGGAACUGGAAGAGAACGCCUAUCAAGAACUUCUUCAACAUUACCAACAUUGUGAUAUUAAAAGAUGUCUUUGCAAAAAUGGGAGAGACUACAGUGAACCUGAUAGCAAAUGGGAAAUAAAACGCUGUCAGUGUUGUGGUUCUAGUGGAACUCAUCUGGCAUGUUCCUCACUAACAAGCUGGGAGCAAAACUGGGAAUGCAUGGAUUGUGGGACCAUCCUUGCCAAAUCAAAUGGAAGUGCUCAGAAAUGGCGAAAGCGUUCUUUGAGUAUUCCAGAAAAAGCAAAUGGAGACAGUCUGAUGGAAGAUCCAUCGCCCAAAUGCCCUAGACAGUCUCCAGGAUCCCACCUUGGCAUCCAUAUCAGGUCCCCAAAGAUGGUAUGUUCCAAUGGUUUUACUCAGUGUUCACAACUAGAUCUUCCCUCUUCUAAUAACAGAUUUUUACCCCCAUCUGCCUUCAUCAGUCCUUCAGUAAGGAAUUUGUCUCUAAGAAAAAUGCAACUUGGAAUGCAGAAAACAGAAGUCUCCAAUAUUCUGAAGGAAUUAAGAUUACAGAUUAAUACCAAACCAACAAGACUGAAUAUCAACAGACAAAAUAUCUGGGGUAGUGCUCUAAAAGGAUUUCAGAAGCGGAACUUCAAUCCUGCUAACACUAUUGAAGUAAAGUAUAUAAGCUGCAGGAAUAAAAUAGAGAUGGGUCUCUGUUGCUCAUCAAAGGAAGAUUUUUUUCAAUUACUGAUGCUUCAUCUUCAGAAUUCAUCAUUAUUUGAAGGGGGCUACUCAAAGAAUUUGUCCUUUGAUUCUCAAGCUCUUAAAGAUAAUUUAUACUUCGAAGCAGGGAAAAUGAUUGCAGUUUCUCUGGUUCAUGGAGGCUCAUCUCCUAGCUUCUUUUCCAAAACCUUGUUUCACUGUCUCGCCUAUGGCACAGAAAAUGUGAAGCCAACAAUAGAAGAUGUUGCUGAUGUAAACAUUUUGGAGGCAAUAGAGAAGAUAAAAUCUGCCACAACACUGGGCAGCUUAGAAUCAGCAAUAAAUGAUUGCUCUGACUAUCUUGCUUCUAUUGGAUGUUUGAAAUCUGUAACAGCACUAUGUGACAAAAAUAUAUUGGUGAAUGAGAUUCUGAAUCACCAUGUCAUCAAAAGAACUCUUUUACCAUUUGAAAGCUUUAGACAAGGUUUGAAAACACUUGGUGUUUUGGAAAAAAUACAAAUGAAUCCCGAUGCAUUCUGUAGCAUAUUAUGUCACAAACCCGAGAAACUUUCAGCAAAACUCCUUGGUGAUCUCUUUACAAUUCACUGUUUAUCGGGAUCAGAGAAGGCCAGAUGCCUUGAUUUCUGGAUGGGUUACUUACAGGAGACAGAAGGUGGUGAGUCAUCUGUAACUCUAGAGGAUAUCUUAGUAUUUGCAACUGGCAUCCGCAAUAUUCCACCCAUUGGCUUUGAUCCUGACCCUUCAGUUAAGUUUCUGCAUAUAAAAUAUCCCAUUGGGAAUAGAGAUUUUAACUGUUUAGAGCUUCCAAUAACAAAAUCUUAUGAGAAUUUUAAAAAAAUUCUGGAUAUUGCCAUCCGACGUGCCCUAUUACAGUCAGAAGUACGUUAGUCACUACAAUGGAUACUGAAAACUGAAUGAUGAAGCACACAGGAAGCUUGCUACUUGCCUACUGGAAAACAGACAUGUUCAUCCUCACAGGUUUAAAAAUUGAUCAUGGAAAUGCAUAGUUUCAGUCUUUACAUUUUGAACAGUGUUUCAAAAUGAUGAGCAAACAAAGCUUUUAAAUCAAUUUUGCAUUAUAUUUGUUCUGGAUUUUGUUUUUGCAAAGUAACUGGUUCUUAGUGAUUAUAGUGUACCUUCCAUUUUAUAUCACAAAUGUUACACAUCAAAACUUCUGCAAAUGCAUUCAAGAACCCUUUCCAAUUUUCAAUAUAUCAACUUUUAUAUAUUGCAUUUUUCUAUAAAGAUUUGAGGUGUGGGUUUAUUUAUGUGGAUCCCUGAGAAGGAGAUGUUGAUUUCACACACAAACUCCUUUAACGUAUUCUAGCUAUUAAUUAUAAACAUGAAAAAAGAAAUUAAAGAUUACCUCAUGUUAUCUUUUCUUAAAUAUUUGUAAUGCUCUGAACAUUUGUGGGAUUAUGCCCAAAUAACUGUUUCCGUUCUAGAAUCAUUCUAAUUUUUUAAAAAUAUAUAUAGUUUUGAAUAUGAAAGGAUUUUUUAAAACUGCAUUGUAGGAAUUCUGUAUUCAGAACAGCUAUAAUUGGCAUCAGAUGUGUUUGUUAACUAAGUUUCAUUAUUUCAGUUAGAGAUGGUGAUACGUUUGGAUAUAGAAGUCUUUUUCCUUGAAACAACAGUUCUACCUGUUAUGGCCAGAGGGGUUGUAGCAUUAUUUUGGCUAUAGAAGACAUUCAAAUUCGCGAUGUCAGGUGAUGCCGUGUGACGUAUUGGGACUGUUUUGCCGUUGCCGGCAAUAGAGUGGGCGCGGCUUCUGCAUGACGUGUCCGGCCUAUGGGCUGGCAGUUUGACACUCCUGGGCUAUAGUGAGAGAAGUCUAAACAUUAGUCUGUUUUAAACUAAAACAGCUAUUUCAAACCUAGAAUAGAAUGUUUCAUACUGAAACUAUCUUCUACAAGACUGUGCAUACUAUAGCAAAUGUACAUAAAUGUUUUAAGAAUUAUCCUCACAUUUAUGCAAAUUGAAGUAAAUAUCAUUUGAUUUAAAUUAGAUAUUUAGAAGAAGGCUGAGAUGAGUUAGCUUUUUAUAUGUCCCAGAAAUACCAAAGUUAGAAAUGCCAUUCCCUACUCAAUCCUUAACUAGAAAGAUUAUGCAUUUGAUUUCAUUUUUCUAAAAUAUAUCUAUUAUGUUGGAUGCAUUAUACACCGUAUAGAGUAUUAAAUCUUAUGAAAUAGGUGAUGGAAUCAUUUACGCACCCACAUAACACUUUCACGCACAUGUAUGGAAACACCAACCCCUUUAAGUGGUUUUAAUCCAAAGUGAUAUGACAUUGCUUUUACUAGGAGGAAAAAAAAAGCAAAUUCCUGUUUUCCCCAGGGCCACAUUUCCCUGUUGGUUUUGUUGGGUUGUGCUGUCCUGAAAGAUUAAUCACAAUAAUUCAUAAUUUAAAAGUAAUUUCUGUCGUUACUUAUUAAAUUUCACAAUAAAAGCCUCUGGAGCUUAUCCAUGCUGUUCUACUAUAAAUUGUUUGAAUUUCAAUUAUUGAAAAUUAAUUGUGGGUAAAAAUAUACAGUAUACACUAUUCUGAAAUGUUCAGAAAAAUAUAUAUCAGACCAUAAUGAUAACUACUUCAUUAGUGAAGUUUUAUACUUGGCCAGCAUGUAUAUUAGUAGUUUGCAAUAAAUAAACAAAGCUUGCAGUAGGUACAGGAUAUUUAUUUCAACCACUUAAAUUCAUCUGUAGAGGAAGUGCUCAAGGCAUGAUGGAGUUAAUAUUUCAGCAGAAUGGAUGGAAUGCUUCUACUCCCACAGUUUCUAACCACAAAUUUCAAUUUUUUAUAUUAAAAAAUAAAAAAUGCACUUGAAAAGGAA